AUGUCUUCUACAAAAGGCCACACUUCUUUCCUCCUCGUCUUUGCUACUUUCGUCUCGCUCCUUGGCGAGCCCGUUCACACCUGUCCGACACCGUGCACGUGUGUGUUAGGCCAGCUGUACUGCCAAGCCGUCGGUCUCACGUCCAUACCCUCCUCCAUCCCGUCUGACACCACCUUCGCUAUGAUAUCGGGAAACCAAAUCGCCUUCAUCCAAACAGAUACGUUUUUGACAUUCCGCAAUCUUGAAAAACUCAUUCUAAACGCAAACCAAAUCCAGAACAUAUCUUCUGGUGCCUUUUGCGGGUUGUCAGCCCUCCGUCGUCUGGAUUUGUCCGAAAACCUUCUCACGGUUGUUCGCGGCGAAACGUUCAGCGACCUCCCGAUGUUGGAACGCCUUGACUUGAGAGACAACGAGAUCUCGGUGGUGGAAGAAGCGGCUUUUGCUAACCUUCCAGCGCUUCGGGCUCUUGUGCUUUCCGGAAACGAACUGGUCAACAUGGCUGAGAACGUUUUCGUAUUAACGGAGAACCUUCGUGAUUUGAGUCUCGCUGAAAACAAACUCUCUGUCGUCCCGAUUCGAGCACUGCGCAACCUCACAAGUCUCGAGUGGCUUAACUUAGAAGACAACAAGCUGACGAAGAUAGAAUCGCACUCCUUCCUUUGCUUGAGUUGUCUUCAAACUCUGAGUCUACAGAACAACAAAAUAUCCCACAUUGGCUCUCACGCGUUUGCAACUCCAUCGCUAAAACAGCUCUAUCUAUACAAUAACAACAUCACUACUCUCCAUAACCAGAGCUUUGCCCAUCUCCCUAACUUGUUGAAGCUAGAUCUCAGCUCCAACGGAAUCGAAUUCUUGAUCAGUGACGCCUUCCAAGGGACACGUUCUCUGCAAGAAGUCUUUCUUGACGACAACAACUUAGAAGACGUCCCUACAGGUGUCUUUGCCGCGCUAGAGCAACUUGUUAGACUGAGUUUGAAGAGAAACUCUCUCACAGUCAUCCCUAAAGAACUUCCCCAGAAUCUGAGAACCCUCGAACUAUCGGGAAAUAGAUUCGAGACUCUACAACACAUUGAGAAGUCUCUACCUCCGGGGUUGUUGUACUUGUACUUGAAUGACAACCCCUGGAAGUGUGGAUGCGAUCUUGUCGAGAUGAGAUCGUGGUUGGAUAAGACAUCUCUGGUCCAGGGUCCACAGCGUCUGACGUGCUCGUUCCCAGGGUGUGCGGGGACCAUGCAUAUCAUGGAGAUACCGGUGGAAGCGAUGUGCUCUGACGUCACGUGUUCAUCUCCAGCCAAUCCCCGAUCUUCUCUGCAGCCAAGUACAACCGACUCACCAACACCCAGCCCUUUCUCUACGCCUUCUGUACAACCAAGUACCACCGAUCCUCCAGCACCCAAACCCAAAUCUACACCUCCUGUACAACCAAGUGCCACCUAUCCACGGACAACCAACCCUAACUCUACACCUCAUGUACAACCAAGUACCUCCGAUCCUCCAGCAACCAACCCCAACGCUUCAUCUCCUGAACAACCAAGUACAACCGACCCACUGACACCGAACCCCAAAUCUACACCUCCUGUACAACCAAGUACCUCCGACCCCCCUGCAACCAACUUUACAUAUACUGUACAACCAAGUACCACCGAUCCUCCAGCACCCAAACCCAAAUCUACACCUCCUGUACAACCAAGUGCCACCUAUCCACGGACGACCAACCUUAACUGUACACCUCAUGUACAACCAAGUACCACCGAUCCCCCAGCAACCAACCCAAACCCUACAUCUUCCGUACAACCAAGUACCACCGAUCCUCCAACAACUAAAACCCACUCUACACCUCCCAUACAACCAAUUACCACCGAUCCGCCAUCAACCAACUCUACACCACCUGUACAACCGAGUACCACCGAUCCAGCGACAGCCACCUCAACAUCCCCUGUGCCCCAAGCACCACAAAACACCACAGUAACUUUACCACAGGGAACGGCUUGGCCAGAGCACUUUCUCAUGAACGGCCCCAUGCUACUGGUUUCUGCUUGUGCUGUGCUGUUAGUGUGCGCGUGUGUGGCUUUGGUGACGUACUAUUGGUGCAGGACCAGAGGCCGCCGCCAGGUGGCAGUCGUGCCUAGCGACGCUCAUGAGAACGGCGUCUAG